AUGACUGGACGUGGCAAAGGCGGCAAGGGUCUCGGCAAGGGUGGCGCCAAGCGUCACCGUAAGAUCUUGCGCGACAACAUCCAGGGUAUCACCAAGCCCGCCAUCCGCCGUCUCGCUCGCCGUGGUGGUGUCAAGCGUAUCUCCGCCAUGAUCUACGAGGAGACCCGUGGUGUCCUGAAAUCCUUCCUUGAGUCCGUCAUCCGUGAUGCCGUCACGUACACCGAGCAUGCCAAGCGCAAGACUGUCACCUCGCUUGAUGUCGUCUAUGCCCUGAAGCGCCAGGGACGUACCCUUUAUGGUUUCGGUGGUUAG